AUGAUCACGCCAAAAGCCGAAUUUGUCGGCAAGCCUAUUCGCUUCGAUAAAUACGGCGAACUCUUCCCCGAGACGAGUACCGUCAUUCUCGAGACAUCCUUCAACUCGAAGUUGUACUCGACCGCGGGUCAGCACAUUGUCGAUCCAGCGGACUGCUGCAAGGGAAUGUUUUAUGCGACCUGGGAAGCCGAGACCGUCGCUCAUGAGUUCAAGCCGAGAUCGGUAACAUACAUACUAUAUUGCGACCCAGAUGCACAAGCAGGCCCGCAGUAUGGCAUGCCCGCGCGCUUUGACACAAAUCGGGUGCUUGCGACCGAAUCGAGCACGGUCAUCAUCGAAACCUCGUUCUAUACAAAGCUGUACACGACCGCAGGGAGUAUUGUUGUCGACCCAGCAGACUGCUGCAAAGGAAUGUUCUAUGCCACUUGGGAGGUCGAGACCGUCACACACGGGCUGAAACCAAGAUCGAUUGAAUACAUGUUAUUCUGUGUACCUCACGUCAAGGCGGGAGAGCAGACUUCGAAAACGUGUACAGACAAGAAAUACGAAUUACUCCGCAGGCCCUUGCCGUUCUCGACGUGUCUCUUCGAGUCUCUCAACAUAUACGUUGACAACGAGCUCAUUGACUACGAGCCACCUCAGCCGUCUAGAUCCGUCGCCGUUGCCGCAAAUGCAAUACCAGACAAUGCGGACAAAAUCAAUACCGAGUCGUACAAUAUCUUCUGUUUGGCCCGACCCAAGAGCCAUGAUGUCUACAGGCUGACGCCGGGCGCUGAUCUACAGUAUCGGCUAUCGCGCGUGCUCCUCCUCAUAGCGCACAACAGCAACUCACGACUGUCGCAGGGUAUAUGUUGGACCGAAACAGCUCCGGACACUCGCCCAAUCUAUGCAGUCUUGCAGCUUGAGACAAGACCUCAUUUCAUGGUGACCACUGUACUGAACGAAGACGACGAUCGCCGUACAGUCUUUCCAGCCAAUCCCGACUAUGCCUAUACCAAUGUGGCCAACAUCGACAAAUUCACGACCGAAGCUGUAGCGUGGGCUUGGGUCCGCUUCUUGCUGCGCGGUCGCCUUCGACCAGCUGGCUUGGCUGGCAAGUGCUGCAUGAUCUAUUGGCAGGCAAGAGUGGCCGUGGCGACGAUGUAUCACGAAAUAGUUCUGCGCGAUGAGAUGCUCAACAUGGCUUGCUGGCCCGAACGCGCCUCAAAGUUUACCGAAGAAUGCACCGAGAUCGUUCGAAGUCUGCUCUAUCAUCCCUCUCCUGUGACUUUGUGCGAGCAUCUUCAAUUCGACGCUGUUGAAGAGAGCAACUCUCGAUAA